GAGCAUUUUCAAUCCACCCAAGCCCAGUCAUUUCUACUGCUAGAAUCCCUUUGAAGAUACAACUAUGUCUGCUCGAAUUGCAAUUCCCAUCCUUCUCUCUGUCCUGCUUCUCUCUGGGGCUCAUGUGUUUGGAUCUUUUGAUUAUUACCGUUUCGUUGUUGAGUGGCCAGGAUCCAUUUGCAAGGACGUCAAUGGACCCGGAUGCUGCAGGCCUACUACAGGGAAUCCAAAAGAAGACUUCCAUGUCAAGGCCUUGUACACGUACAGUGGUUCCCAGCCCAUCACAAAGUGCAACACUACCAAGUUCGACGUUAAUCUGGUAUCGAGCAUCAGUGAGGAGUUGAACGAGUAUUGGCCCACCAUCAAGUGCCCCAGUAACAAUGGGCAUACUACAUGGAAUGACGCAUGGAGAUUGUAUGGAGUGUGCACGGGCUUAGGUCAAAAGGAUUACUUUAAGACAGCGUUGAAGCUACGGUCCAAGAUCAACCUGUUCUCGCUAUUUAAAAGGAACGGAAUCGUCCCAUCUGUCAUCGACAGCUACGAUUUUGUUCUCGUCAAGAACACCAUCCGCGGUGGCAUCGGAGCAUCAGCUGCGAUCGAAUGUACCAUGAAUGAGUGGGGUGAACAUCAGAUGACUGACAUCCACAUUUGUGUGGCCAGAGAUGGUACCACAAUUAUUCAAUGCCCCACCUUGCCAAAAUUCAAAUGUGACACACUAGUUUCCUACCCAAUCUUCACCUUCGACAUGCUUAAAGAGACUUCAAUGUCCACCAACCCCAUCAAAAUGUCUGUCUCUGAGUGAUCUCAGAUGUCCUACUUUCACAGUAGAGGAAAUACAUGAUACUCGACUAGAGGAAGUGUUCUGUAUGCUUAGGUUUGCAGUUUGUGAGCGUAUGGCCCUUUAUUAAAUAAUCCAGAUUAUUGGUCUAUUCUCUCCCACUUUAGAUGGACCACUCUCAGAAAUCUCCCACAAAUCUUUUGGCUUUAUCCAGUUUAUGUGGUUGGUUACUCUAUAGUAGGAAAAAGGCUCAAGAUCAGGGUUCUACAAUCAAAGAGAUGUUUAGAGACCAUCAGACUAAUGGUCUGGAUCAUGAAAACAUGGGCCCAUUUUUACAAAGCUAAUAACCUAAGUAUAGUGUCCAUGUGCCGUGGUGGAGGAUCAUGUAUUUCUUUGCUGAAGUAGUAGUGUGUUAGUGUAGUGGUGAGGUGGGUGCAUGUAGGCUUCUUGGCUCGGGAGAAGGGCAUAUAUGCCGCUUAUGUAUAAGUUUGGUUCCUCCCUACCUUUUUAAGUUUUGUAAUAAAGAGCCCCCAAUAUAAAUAUGCUUUAGUUUAUUAA